UCUGACAGAACACAGAGACUGAACAAUUUAAAACGGACCCUCUGCCCUCCUGUCGAUCAAAUCGGAGAGGCUGUGCAAUCCUCGGCAGUGUUCUGAGACUGCACAUACCACUCCAAUAAGCGGAAUUUGCCAAUGAGACGAUAUAAUGGACAUUCAAGGGACAAGCUAAAGAUUUACCAUAUUUCUGGAUACCAUUACUUUUUAAGUGUCACUUUCAUUUCUACCUUUUAACCUGUUGCACGAACUUUUUCGCUCGGACACAUUCGACUAAAUCGGAAAACUUCUGAAGACUGUUCUCUGAAGUUGCUCAUCAUGACCGCUGUGAAAGAGAAAAAAAGGCACCCGUCAGAGAGGCGGAAAGAGAAGUCUCGCGAUGCGGCCCGGUGUAGACGCAGUAAGGAGACGGAGGUUUUUUACGAACUGGCUCAUCAGCUGCCGCUCCCCCAUAACAUCAGCGGUCACCUGGACAAAGCUUCCAUCAUGAGACUGGCUAUCAGCUUCCUACGAACACGCAAACUCCUAACCUCAGGUUGUAUUGACAGACAGACCAGAGAUGAUAAACAGAUGGACAGUCUUUAUCUCAAAUCUCUGGAGGGCUUUGUUGCUGUGGUAACAUCCGAUGGAGACAUGAUCUUCUUGUCAGAGAACAUAAGUAAAUACAUGGGCCUGACUCAGGUGGAGUUAACUGGACACAGCAUCUUUGAUUUCACACAUCCAUGCGAUCAUGAGGAGAUCAGAGAGAACCUCAGUGUCAAAACAGGCCCCUCGUUUGGGAAGAGGACUAAAGAGAUGAACACAGAGAGAGAUUUCUUUAUGAGGAUGAAAUGCACGCUCACGAGCAGGGGACGAACUGUCAACCUCAAAUCAGCCAGCUGGAAGGUCCUGCACUGCACCGGUCAUCAGAAAAUGUACACAAGCUGCCCCCCCCACUUGCUCUGUGGUCUAAAGGAGCCCCCCCUCACCUGCGUGGUCAUGCUGUGUGAGCCCAUUCCUCAUCCUUCUAACAUCGACACCCCCUUCGACAGCAAGACCUUCACCAGCCGACACAGCAUGGACAUGAAAUUCACCUUCUGUGAUGAGAGGGUGAGCGAGUUGAUUGGCUAUCGGCCUGAGGAUUUACUCGGACGCUCUGUGUAUGAGUUCUACCAUGCACUAGACUCACACAACAUGACGAAAAGCCACCAGAACUUGUGCACUAAAGGCCAGGUGGUGAGUGGUCGGUAUCGGAUGUUAGCCAAACAUGGAGGUUACGUUUGGAUGGAGACCCAAGCCACAGUCAUCUACAACAGCCGUAACUCCCAACCCCAGUGCAUAGUGUGCAUCAACAACGUCUUGAGCAACAUUGAGGAGAAGUCGGUGAUCUUUUCCAUGGAUCAGACCGAAGCUCUGUUCAAGCCCCACCGCAUGCUGGACAUGGGCGAGAUUUUCGGCCAGAACGGCGCGGGCUCGGUGCCGGAGGCGGGCAACAUGCUCUUCACCAAGCUGAAGGAGGAACCAGAGGACCUGGCUCAGCUGGCGCCAACGCCAGGCGACGCCAUCAUUGCCCUGGACUUUGGAAGUCCUCAGUUUGAGGAGUCGUCUCUCUACUCGAAUGUGUCCAGUCGCCCAGGAACCAGUCACCGGUGGAGAAUAGACCCUCCCCAGCCCAGUCCAGAGAGCAAACAGCCAAAGGUGCCCGCCUCCUUCACAGUGCCUCAGAGCCUGCCUCAGAGCAAAGCCACACCCAGUUCCACACCCAGUGCCACGCCCACCCUAAGCAACUGCAGUGGCUGCUCCACGCCCAGCAGCCCAGAUUACUAUGGCAACAAUGAUACAGAACUGAAGGUGGAAUUCACGGAGAAACUCUUUGCUCUGGAUAGUGAACCCAAAAGCUCCACAGAAUCACAGUUGGACCUGAGUGAUCUGGAUUUGGAAACGCUGGCUCCGUACAUCCCCAUGGAUGGUGAAGACUUCCAGCUGAACCCCAUCUGCCAGGAGGAGACUGAACCUGCCCAAGGCCUGAACACUGUGUCCCAACUCGGUUUCAGCAGCGUGGCUAGCCUCUUCCAGCCCAUAGGUCAUCCCCCCUCAGAUAACAAGAGAAAUGCUGGAACUUAUUCAGACCAGGCUCUGGUUCCAGGCUACGCAGAUCCAGCCAGCACACUGCUGUCUUCCAGGGCUGGCAAGCAGAGUUCCCAGUGGCCCCCCGACCCGCACUUACGUUACGGCCGCUCCGAUGCGGGACACGUGGGCCCUCAGCCAAGACCGCAGAUGGAUCAGAAUCGGAACCACGGCAACGUUUUGCCCCGUGAGCAAAGGUUUUUUGAGAGCUUUGCUCAAACACGAAAGGAAAUGACCUUGGGCCAGCUUGCUGUUGCCAACACUUUUAAACGUAAGAGAGAGUUCGGAGCACCAUUUUCUUUUCCCAACAUCCCUCAGCAGAAUGAGAUGCCACACAAUGACUCGACAGAAUCGAUGUGGAAGAGGAGGAAGGCACUGAGCAGUGACAGUUGUAUUUUCUCAGGCAGGAAGUCACUCAGCACUAGUGUGCUUCCAGAUGCUUUUUCCACUUUGCAAAGUGUGGAGCUGGGCUCCUCAGGCUCAGGGUCUGGACUGUUUAGUCAGACCGUGUCGGAAAAGUUCUGUUCUUCUGACUACAACCAGUACAACAUGCUACCCUCUGCCAAAACCAAAGGUGUGAUAAGCCAACUUCUGGGGCCUUCCUUUGACUCAUUCGGUCUGCCUGAACUGACGCGCUAUGAUUGUGAGGUAAAUGUGCCUUUGCAGGGCCAUUUGAACCUUCUGCAGGGCAGUGAUCUGCUCAGAGCUCUAGACCAGGCCUCAUAAACAUGACCCCCCCCCCCCAUGAUCCUGGCCCCACCCCCACUCCGCCUCACUGCCAUGCCCCCCUCUGGGGCCCCCGCAAAUCUAGUGUGAAUUGUUUUCCAUUUUUGCAUAUAUAGUUACUAUGUAUACAUUUUAUUGUCAGAUAUUUGUAUUUUUUUUUUUCUUUUUUGUGUGAUUGACAUCUAUGAGUUGUUACCUGUUCAUAUGUGUUUCAAUACUACUGUAAUAUUUUACCAGUAAGGUUGUAUCCUAGUUUUUGAGCUCACAGUCAAACACUACAAAUACCAGUAUGACACUGAUGAGUUAUUUUUACACAUAAUGAAGACUAAGGGCCAGAUUUAACACGUGUUUUAGCGGUUCGUACAUGUUGAAAAGCAUAUAGAGUUUAAUGGAUAAAUUACUGGUUUGUUUCAUAGCUGGUCAAAUGAAUCAAAACAUUAAGCGUAUUACAAAAGCAGUUCAUGGUUUUAUGUUCAGUAUAGGUUUUUUUUUUUUUUUGUAUGUAAACGCAAGUCAACAGGAUUGUUAAAUCCGGUCCUGCGUGAUUUGUAAUUUAGAUCUGGGACAAGAGGCAUUUUUAAACGAUCUUUUGUGUAAUUGUUUUAAUUCCUCUCCUCUUUUCUGUGUUUAUGUUCAACUCCCUCAUCCAGCUGAUGCAUCUCCCAUCAGCUUCCUCCUUCUUCUCUAAAGCACUUUAUUUUGAGAGUGCCAAUCAUAUAUUUACGCUAGAAUUCUCUAGAGACCAAAUGACCACACCCCCCCCUCCCGCCCCCCUGCAUGCCAUUUACUUUUACCGUUAGAACCUUAAAUUUCUCCCACCAACCUCAGCUAACACCUCUCUCCAACUUUUUUUAAUUAAAUUUUUUUUUUCAUUUGUUCUCCCAGUAAAACCAUUCAUCUU